AAUGUAAAUACUAUGACCAUGAAGCACACAUUCCACGCUGAUGAAAAUAAAUGUAGAGAUUGUUUCAGAAUGAAGACCUGGAGGUCAUAGCCGGUAAAUCGGAAUGGCCGCUCGGACGCUGCAGGCCGCGGUGUCCGCCGCCGCAUCCCUGCAUGCUGACAGGACGGCUGUGGUUUUCGACAGCGGCGGCUUGGCGCCUGGACCCCCGGCGUCGCUGCUGUAUCGAGAGCUGGCGGACCUCAGCGCAGAACUUUCAUGUGUUUUUCUGAGCAGAUGCUCCCCCGUCAACGGCGUUAUUGGUCUGUACUGCAGUGACGACCUGCUUGUUCCUGUCUGGAUCUUGGGGAUCUUGCAGUGUCCUGCUGCUUAUAUGCCGCUGGACCCCGAAGCUCCUGCUCUCUUGACGGCUCAGGCCAUGAGUCAGAGCGGACUGACGUUCUGCGCCGUGAACACCCACCUGAUGCAGCGGUUCCAGGCUGCUCUCAGCAGAUACCUGACCUUUGAGGUCUGCGAGACGCUGCCAAAGUUUGAGCUCACCCUGAUCCAAAUUCGGAAGCUGUCGUUUGCCAAGCCUGAACCUGGAACACAGCAAGACAGCCAUCAGGAAUCUGGCUGUGCUGCACCGUUGUCGGAGGGCGGUGCUGCUCACAGAGAGUUGGCGUAUGUGCUGCACACAUCUGGAACUACAGGCCCUCCCAAAACCGUGAGGGUGCCACACACCUGUAUCGUUCCCAACAUACUGCACCUGAGGUCUUUGCUUCAGAUGAGUGCGUCUGAUGUGGUUUUUCUCGCCUCCCCCUUAACCUUUGACCCCUCCGUGGUGGAUAUUUUUCUGGCUUUGUCCUCUGGAGCUCAGCUGCUUAUCGUACCCAGCCUGAUCAAGAAAACGCCCCGUCGACUCGCUGGGCUUUUGUUCAAAGACCACAAAGUUACCGUCCUCCAGGUCACCCCCUCUCUGCUCCUGCGCUUUGGCCACCGCACUUUAAAAGAGGAGGCGUUGUCGCCCGGCUCGUCCCUGCGGGUGUUGGCUCUGGGGGGGGAAGCCUGCCCGCCUCCAGCCCUGCUGAGGAGCUGGAAACACCAGGAAAAUAAGACCUGCAUCUUUAACCUCUACGGCAUCACGGAGGUCUCCUGCUGGGCCUGCUGUUACAAAAUACCAGAGACUCUGCUGCAGUCCAGCGACCCCGGAGAGGUUCCCCUCGGGGCUCCUCUGAUGGACACAGAGGUGGAGGUCAGGGAUGAGCUGGGCCGGGUCGUCACAGAGGGAGAAGGACAGCUGUUCCUCGGCGGAGGGGACAGGGUGUGCCUCCUGGAUGGGGAAAGCACCGUGGUUCCCGGGACGAUGAGAGCCACUGGAGAUUGGGUGAAGAUCAGAGACCAACAGCUGCACUAUCAGGGCCGGAAGGACCGAACCAUCAAACGGAACGGGAAACGAGUCAACUUGGACCGUCUGCAGCAGCUCCUCCUGGGUCUCCCUGAGGUGGCAGCCUGUGCGCUGGGCCUCCACAGCAGCUCUCGACUCCUUGCUUUUGUUGUGAGCGCCGGGGCGGCUGAGCGCCGCUGCUCCUCCUCUGCUGAGCUGGACCUGCUCUCCUCUGUCAGACAGCAGUCCGAGGAGGUCAGAGGAGCCGGCGGAGAUGGAAAGAGGCGGAUUCUGGAGCAGCUGUCUGUGCUGCUGCCUUCUCAUGGCAUCCCUGACACGCUGGAGCUCCUACCAGCUUUACCCGUGACUCCUCAUGGGAAAGUAGACAUGGUGGCUCUGAUGACAUUAUAUGAAAGACAGAGGGAGCAUUUAGGAUUUCCAAGAGGAGAGGCCCACAAACUGAAGCAGCGUCUUCAGGCGUUAUGGAAGGAUGCAUUAGGUCUGCCUGGAGAUGCAGACUUGGACGAGCAGUCGAACUUUCUGCAGAGUGGGGGGGACUCCCUGAAGGCCGUGCGUUUGUGUGAAGACAUCGGCGACGGUGUGGGAGCGUCCACGCCGCAGCUUCUGGAGGUGCUGCUGGACGGGACCUUCUCAGAGCUGUGGCGGCACGUCGCACUGCUGCUGGAGGGCUGCCCCCCAACAUCACUUCCGGCCAAGAAGAGACAUGCCGAUCCCCCAUCUGACGCGGCAGCCAAGAGGGAGCGGAAGCCAGCGGAGAGACGGGCCGUGAGAGUGGUGCAGCGAGCGGGUCGGGUGACGGGAAUGAAUGUGAGGACGGACACAAGGGAGACGCUGGGAGACGGUGGACGGAGGGGAACACAGUCACACAGAGCUGUGAAGGUGGAGCUCAGCCUGAGCUGGGCUUCAGACUCUGGCAGAUGUGUGGACGCCUCCCCGAUGCUCCUGGUUACUGACGGUGUGAGCGAGAGGCCCGAUGGCUGCAGGACCACCGUGUUUAUUGGCUCCCACUCCCACAGGGUGCAGGCUCUAGACCUGGGUUCCGGCACUCUUCUGUGGGAGCGAGUCCUCGGGGACAGAGUGGAGGCCUCGGCUGCCACAUCUUCCUGCGGCACGCUCGUUAUCGUAGGCUGCUACGAUGGCUGCAUCUACUUCUUAAGCGCCGACUCUGGAGAGACCCGGUGGACGUUUAGGACGGGAGACGCCGUUAAGAGUUGUCCCGCUGUGGAUGGCGUCGGCGGUCUGGUGUUUGCAGGCUCACAUGAUGGAAACGUUUACGCUCUGGACCCACAGGCUCAGCGGUGUGUUUGGAAGCGUCACUGUGGCGGCGGCGGCGUGUUUUCCUCCCCGCACCUGCACGAUUCCCCGCGACAGCUGUACGUGGCGACCCUCGCAGGACGUCUGCUGAGCCUGAACCCCGACAGCGGAGACGAGUUGUGGUCAUACCACAGAGGCGUCCCUUUCUUCUCGUCACCGAACAGCUCCUGCAGCGGCGUGGUGAUCGGCUCGGUGGACGAAAACAUCUGCUGCGUCGCACACACAGGAGAACUGCUGUGGCAGUGUCCCACACAGGGGCCGGUUUUCUCCUCUCCAUGCUUCAUCCGGGAACAACGAAAGCUUCUGUGCGGAUCUCACGACGGCCGCCUGUACUGUCUGAGCGCCGCCGACGGCUCUGUAGUUUGGACUUUUCAAACUCCGGGCAGGGUGUACUCCUCUCCUUGUGUGUUUGAUGGCUGCGGCGGGGGGGCCCUGGUGGCUCUCGCCUCCACAGACGGGACCGUCUGGAUCCUGGAGGCAGAAAACGGACAGAUGCUGGCCUCGCACGCUUUACCCGGGGAGCUGUUUUCAUCCCCCGUAGUGUGGGCGGGCUGUCUCGUCAUCGGGUGCCGCAAUGAUUAUGUUUACGCUUUGAAUUUGACUUAUAAAGAGGACGCCUGACGGAUG